AUGCUACGCUCAGAACAAAUGGAUAUUGUAACUGCUCCCAAAGAAAUGGAUCCACAGAUCACUAGCUGGAUUGGAGCUUCCAUUCUGUGCUGUCUGGAGUCAGCCCAAGAACUAUGGAUCCACCCAAAAGAAUGGGAGAAGUACAGUGUCAAGAUUUUACGUGGAAAGAGCUCCAUUUAUGUGGUGACGAGCCUUUUUGUGAAGAUUUUUACUUAAGGUUCUAGAAUUGAUGUAUAAUUAAUAAAAAAAAGACCACUAUUGACCUUUUCAAUAAACUAAAUAAUAUUUUAUUUAUUUA